AUGUCGGCCGACCAUGCCCCAUCCUCGUCAUCGUCUGUCACGAUGACAGAGGCUGACCGCGAUGUCGAGUCACACCAGGCCAGCCCCAAACUCCCAUACUUCAAACGCCAGUUCGACCAAGCCGGCGUCACUCCCGCCGUACUGGGAUGGAAGUACAGGGGAUCGGGCACAGAAGAGGAUCCCUUCCUCGUCGACUUCCUUCCCGAUGACCCCAAAAACCCCAUGAAGUUCCCCACAUGGAAGAAGUGGAUGAUCACAGCUCUUCAAGCCAUAGCCGUCCUCGCCGUCGCCUUUGUGUCGACGGCCUUCUCCGGCGGCAUCAGCGAGGUUAUCAGGGAGUUCCAGAUCGGUACGGAGAUCGCCAUCCUGGGCAUAUCGCUGUUCGUCACCGGCUUUGCAUUGGGUCCGUUGAUAUGGGCUCCCUUGUCCGAGUUGUACGGCAGACAGCGCCUGUUCUUCCUCACUUACAUGUGCCUGACGGCUUUCAACGCGGGAGCUGCCGGAGCCCCUAACAUCCAAGCACUUAUUGUGCUGCGUUUCCUCGCCGGAACAUUUGGAAGUUCUCCCUUGACCAACGCUGGUGGCGUUAUUGCGGACAUGUUCUCAGCCAAGGAGAGAGGGUUGGCUACGGCUAUGUUUGCUACGGCACCAUUCCUUGGACCCAGCAUCGGACCUAUAGUAGGUGGUUUCCUCGGCGAAUCAGCAGGGUGGCGAUGGGUUGAGGGUCUAAUGGCGGCAUUCACUGGUGUGCUGUGGAUCGUGUGCUCCUGCGUCGUACCCGAAACGUAUUCGCCCGUCCUCUUGCGCAAGAGAGCUGCCAAGCUAUCAAAGAUGACUGGAAAACAUUACAUCUCGAAGAUCGACGCGGGUAAGCCAAAGCAGACCAUCGGACAGAAAUUCAAGGUUGCCCUUUCGCGCCCCUGGAAGCUCCUCUUCCGAGAGCCGAUUGUCCUGAUGACUUCGCUAUACAUGGCUAUCGUGUAUGGAACGCUCUACAUGAUGUUCGCCGCCUUCCCCAUCGUUUUCCAGCAGCAGCGCGGGUGGAGCCCAGGCAUCGGUGGCUUGGCUUUCUUGGGUAUCGCUGUUGGCAUGAUGGGAGCCGUAUUCUACUCGGCAUAUGAUAACGUCAGAUACGCAGAGAUCGCCGAAGCGCGGGGCGGGCAAGCACACCCGGAGGCUCGCCUCCCGCCGUCUUGCAUUGGGAGCGUAUUGCUUCCCAUUGGAUUGUUCUGGUUCGCAUGGACGAAUGGACCUGAGAUCCACUGGAUUGUUCCCAUCAUCGCCUCCGGCUUCUUCGCUGCGGGCCUUGUCUUGGUGUUCCUCAGCUUGAUGAACUACCUGAUCGACUCUUACACCAUCUACGCAGCCUCGGUGCUGGCCGCCAACUCUGUCCUACGUUCCCUGUUCGGCGCCGCAUUCCCUCUUUUCACAACCUACAUGUACGCGGACCUCGGCAUCCACUGGGCAAGCUCCAUACCAGCCUUCCUCGCCUUGGCCUGUCUGCCCUUCCCCUUCCUGUUCCACACAUACGGCGAGACGAUCCGCAUGAAGUGCAAAUACGCUGCCGAAGCGGCCGAUGUUAUGACGAAGAUGCGGACGCGGCAGGACGACGACAGUGUUCCCGCGAGCGAGGCGGGCGCACUGCGGGAGAAGGAGGAGGAAGCAACAUGA